AUGAUACUAGACUACACAAAGAUAAUCAGCGAAUUACUUCUGACCAAUAUGAAACUCAACGUUGCCUUUGCCCUGUUUGCCCUGACAGCUCCUGUCACUGCCCAGAGAGGCGGAUGGGGUGGAAACCACAACCGACCCGAUAACAGCGGACCCAAUUAUCCCGAGUCCAAGGGCUACCAGUACGAGCUCAAGGCGUUUGCCCCCGGAACCCGUCUCCACAACCAGCCCGUUGAAAUCAAGGGCAAAACCAUGGAGCUUGAUGACAAGUACAAGCGUCCUGACUUCACCGUUGAGUACCAUAACUCAAACGUGAACAUCAAUGAGCGAGGCUGGAGAAAGCAGCGAAAGCACAUUGAAGUCGACGGUCAAGGCAAGCUUACUGCUGAGGACGGAUGGGGUCGACCCUUCGUUUACAACUACUGGGAGUUCACCGGUAACCAGGAGACCGUUAUGCCUUUCACCUGGAACGGAGUCAACCAGUUUUACACUUGUCGAGGUGGCCCUAUCUAUGCUCAACAGGGAUCUCCCAAGUGCCGCAACCCCCAGUACUUCCAGCUGAUUGGAUACCGUUCUUGA